CAGGACUAAACAAGGAUACGACCAAGACUCCAUUAUAAUAAAUGUUUUGAUAAAAUACGCGGAGGACAGUAAAUCAGUUAGUUAUCGACGAGAUAUGACCUGGUACAAAAGAUGUACCAAUGAGCAAUUUUCUCAAUUCUUUCAUAAAAGCAGGUGCUAGUACUGACGCUCAAACCUGGACUAAUGUGCCUCAAGGUGAACCCUCUCAAAAUUCGCGUUUCAAAAACCAAACCGCUCCCGGCGAUACGGACUUUACCCAAUGGGUGAACGCAAUGAAAAUGGUAGCUCAAUUACAAGGCGGCAUCCCCCCGGAAUUUCGAAAAAGACUGUGGCUGCAAUUGGCUGAAAGGCAUUUAGCAUCAAAAGGAGUGGAUUGGUCGAAAGCAGAAAGAACAUGCUUCAGCGAGUGGUCCCAUCCCGCGGACGCGGAACUGGACGUGCAGAUCGUAAAAGACCUGCACAGGACCGGUUGCAGUCUAUUCUGCGGAAAGGACGGCCAAGAAAACCAGGUUUUAUUAAAACGAGUUCUCUUGGCCUACGCCAGGUGGAACAAAACCGUCGGUUAUUGCCAAGGCUUCAACAUGCUCGCCGCGCUGAUUCUCCAAGUGACCGAGAAGAACGAAAGCGACGCCUUGAAGCUGAUGAUUUACCUCAUAGAAGGCGUCCUGCCGGAUUCCUACUUCGCCGGUAGCUUGAAGGGUUUGUCGGUGGACAUGGCGGUAUUUCGGGAACUGCUCAGGACUCGGUUCCCGCGCCUCUCUAAGCACCUGGACGCCUUGCAGAGCGCCGCGAAGGACGGCAGCAGGAGCUACGAGCCGCCAUUAACGAAUGUAUUCACCAUGCAAUGGUUUCUUACAUUGUUUUCCAACUGUUUACCUCAGCAGACGGUGCUUCGUGUUUGGGAUCUUAUACUUCUCGAAGGCAACGAGAUACUUCUGCGUACAGCGCUGGCGAUUUGGCAAGUUCUGAGCGAUCGGAUAUUGAAAGUGCGCAGUGCUGAUGAAUUCUAUUGUAUGAUGGGCGCAUUAACCAGAGAGCUUCUCGAAGCUGAGUUGGUGGACGAAAACGUACUAAUCAAAACGGUGGUCGCCAUACGACCUUUAACGGAAUUAAAAACACUCAGGGAACAUUAUUCGUACAACAUGACGCCAUGGGAAGCCACCAUACCACAAACCAUGGACAAGCAACUGAAGUUGCACCCCAAACAAAACAUCGCCUUAGACAUCAGCGGAUUGAAGAAGCAGUACGUGAAGUUGAAGCAACGACAACGGCAGGCCCACAUCAUCUUCUCCGCGGCCAUUUCCAGACAAUCCCUGCCGGCGCCGCCGGUGACCAUGAACCACCUGCUGAUAGGCAAGAGCGCCCUGAUGCCGGCGAAGAGCAUCGGUCCGGUCCCGCCGCCGAGACCGGCCGCCGCCAGCACGUUGCAUUGGAAGGACGCUCCGAAGCAGUCGUCGAGCUCGAGCUCCAGCGACACGGAGCUCUGCGACGAGGAGACCGAGUCCUCGUCGUCGGACGAGAGCAAACCCUGUCAAUUCGACAAUCUGCCCGCUGAUGGCGACGCCAGCCUUAUGAUACAUGACAAUACAAGUGCCACAGUAGUCGUAGAGAAACCCGAACCGGAUCCGAGCGAAUUCGAAGCGGAUAACGUCAAUUUGCGUUUCGAUCAGUUGCUGGCGGGACACGCGAAACAAGGGCGCAGGAACAGCGACAUGGCGAUGCAGAUUAUCCAGGAAAAUUCGUUGAUAUUGCACCGGAUUUUGCAAUGCCAGACGCGAUUGUCUCCGUCGCCGCCUUUGCUGGAAACUGAAGAGUCUGCGUUACAUUCGAGCAGCGAGGAAUUCGAAGCGAAACAUAUCUCGUUACAAGAAACAAUGGGGACUAUUUUGAGCCCCGACGGGGCAGAUAGCGCUUCGAUAAAUCAACCAUCAGACAAAACAAACUCGAAUUGUUUUGAAUACGGAUCGAAGUACAGCAACAUUUUAGAGAAAAGCAAGAGUUUAGACGAGAAAUACAAUACCCUCAUACUAAACAAGCCCGUUUCUAAAACUUUCACCGAAUUGAACAAAGAACAUCUUAACUUCGAUAAGGACUCGAUCAGAAAAUCAAAAUUCGUAGACGUUUCCGAAAUUAGUGAAGAAACUGAUACUGUUCCUGCAAGUUUAAUGAGUUUCGAUUUCGACAUAGGAGAACGAACUUCUAAUGAAUACGCUCCACAAUUCGAUCAAUCAAAAAUAAACGACUGGAAAAAAGAUUACUUUGAUGUCAUCAAAGCAUCUGAAAUAUCUCCAAUUAAAACACUGGUUGCCACCGAUGAGAAUAACUCAUCCAGAACUGACAUUAAUGUAGGUAAUGUAAAUAAAGUAUCUAGUAUUGACUCAACUAGCGGUGAAAUCAACUACGAUGCUAGUCGGAAAUGCUAUUUCGACGAUGCUAGAAAGGACGACAACGUGGAAAUAGAAACGCUGCAGAACAGGGAAUUGAUUGGCUUUGAAAAAUUGUAUCUGAAUUCGCCAGAAGACAAACAAGUAAUUCAAUCAAGCAGUAAUUCAAUUUUUGCUAAAGAAAUCGGUUUGAAGUCUUCGAUGCUCUUCGAUUUCGAGGAUAAAGAUAAAGAAAACAGUUCAUUGAGUGUUUUCAAUGAGUUCUCUUUGGAGCACUCCGGGACAGAUUGUGCUGGUUUAAAAUUAGAUUCCCUGCUGCCUGAAACGUCCUUUAACUACCCAACCGCUAGUGAAAAAAAUUCUAAAUUUUUAGUAGGAAGUUCCUUAGAUUAUACUAGUCCUUCAACUUGUUACGACUUAACUGCUACUCGCGAAGGCGCCGUAAAUAAAUCGCUUUUGUUCGAGUUGCCUUCUGAUUCUUCUUGUUCUUCUACUUCGUACAGCUUUUUGAAGUCGCCGUCUAGCAAACCAGGAGAUUCUUCUAAUUGUUAUAACUUCUUGACUGCUCGAGAGGAUUCUGUGUUGGAAAAGGUCGAGGAUUGUGAUACGAACAAGCAAAUAAAUAAUUUUGGUUUGGAAAAUGUGCCGGCUUUGGACACUUUUUCGAAAUUUUCGUUAAGCAGUUCCAGAUCUCAUAUUUCUCCUGAAUAAUUUUGUUGUGGUUUCCGUAUUUAUAAAUUUAUCUCAAACUCCACAUAAGAGGGAUUUGUUUGUUAGAUGCUAGACUACUUGUAGUAAAGUUAUUGUUAAUCCGUCAAAGAAGUCUGUCCAAGUUUAGAGUACCUAUCGGGUGAGUUUUGAAUGAAUAUACAGUCCAUGAGGUUAAAAACGCUAAAUUUCUGCUCAAGCACCUGUUAAAUAUUUUGGGGGACUUACGAAUGUUCUCUAAAAUCAAAAAACAUGAUUUUCAUUAUUGCAAUAUUAAUAUUUAGAAAAAUACUUUGCGUGUAGAAUAAAUUAGUUUUGAAGGAUGUGGUUCGCUUUAGUAGAAUUGCAAAUCACAACUUCAAUUUUAUCGAGAAUUUUGUUCACAAUUAUUUAUAUCCGUUCUAAUUAGCUAGUGAUUAAUUUGAAUUAUGCGAAAUUAACUAAACUUAUCAAAAGCAACGUUAAUUUCAUGGAUUUUCCUCGAAUAUGUGAUAUUUCGAAAUAUUUCCUUUCACGUCGUCGUUGUAUAACUGCUCUUUAUCUUAGGUCUGAAUCUUAUUAAGAACUAUAUUAUACAAAAAUGUGUAUAAAUCAAUUAACAAUAAUGAAGAAAUAAAUCUAAUAAUAAACACGUUGCAUUUGUGUUAAAAAAGUAAAUGCUUCUUUUCGUUGUUGAAUAUUAACGAUGAUCUUUGUAAAUUUUCAAACUUGUAUACAUAGAGUUGUAUUUUGUGAUAUGUUAUAAUAUUAGUGAAUAAACAUGUUACCUACGUAAAAGAUAAGAUGCCUUUGUAAGUUUAGAUUUAUCUGUUAAUAAAUUAUUAAGGAUUU